GCAUCGAAAACAUCGCAGCUUCAAGGUCCAAUAAAACCAUGCAGUUACUGACUCUCCUUUUGCUGGGCUUCGCGUCCUUCGCCGCGGCUAGCAACUAUGUGCGUGUGUGUUAUCACACGAACUGGUCCCAGUACCGACCCGGCGCAGGAAAGUUCUUCCCGCGGGAUAUCCCUCCAGAGCUUUGCACGCAUCUUGUCUACUCGUUCUCUAAGAUCGCUGCCGACAACACGCUGGCGAUGUUCGAGUGGAACGACGAUAAGCUCUACAAGGAGUUUAACGAUCUCAAGCUCAAGAACCCUGGACUCAAGACGCUACUCGCCGUAGGCGGCUGGAAUCACGAGAAUUACAAAAGCCCUUUCUCCAGGAUGGUAAGGACGGCAGCAAGCAGGAAAGUGUUCAUCGACUCCUCGAUCGCAAUGCUGAGGCAGUGGAACUUCGACGGUUUUGAUCUCGAUUGGGAAUACCCAGGCAACAGGGUGGGUUCAGAUCCCGGGGACAAGCAACGAUUCACCAUCCUCUGCCAGGAGCUUCUGGACGCGUUCAAGCUCGAGGCUGCGCAGACGAACAGACCCCGACUUCUCCUCACGGCUGCAGUGGCUGCCGGCAAAGCAACCAUUGACAAGGCUUAUGAGGUCGAUAAGAUCGGCCAAAUCCUAGACUUAAUUAACUUGAUGGCGUACGACCUACGCGGGAUGUGGGAGCCGGAAACUGGCCACCACACAGCCUUGGAGGGACCGCCAGGCGAAGAGUUAACAGUUAGCUUCGCCGCUCAGUACUGGAUAGACAAAGGGGCACCGGCCAGCAAGAUCGCACUCGGACUGGGGACCUACGGUCGCGCCUUCAAGCUUGCUGACCAAACCAGGCACGGACUGAAGGCGCCAGCGAAUGGUAACCCGACCAGGGGCCAGUACACGAGAGAGCCGGGCUUCUUGGCGUACUACGAGAUCUGCAAGAUGAACCUCCAGGUGACUAGCACGGAGAGCAGUGCCGUCAAGGCGCCAUAUGGGCAUGUGGGAGACUUGUGGGUGGGGUACGACGACGAGUACAGCCUGAGUCUCAAGGUAGAGAGGGUGAUCAAGGCGAAGGGCAUGGCGGGGGCGAUGUUCUGGGCCAUCCCCCUUGACGACUUCAAGGGUCAGUUCUGCGGCAAGGGCCCGUACCCUCUGAUUAACGCUGUGAAGGAGUACCUGGGCGGGUACGUACCCCCCGUGCCCCCGACUAACGGCCCCCUGCCACCUACUAAUGCACCCGUGACCAACAAGCCCGCCACCGACGCACCAGUGGUCCCCACCAACCCCCCCACCGGAGGCUGCGUCGCUGUGCCGCCCUAUAACACGCAGCCAGGCAUGGAUGCUUGGUGUCAGAGUAUGUGCGGCUUGGGUCACUGCCCGGCAACGCACUGCAAGUGCACAUAAGACCGCACCAUACUGUAACAUGAAAAGCUAAACCAUUAAAAUGAUUUCAAAUAUCUAA